GAGCGAUGGCAGGACAAGCUCAUGCGAAAGUUCAAGGAGGAGCCGUACGUGCCCAUCGGCACUGCAUUGACAUGUUUCGCCUUGUACAUGGCGUUCCGUAAAUCUGGGCGAGAUGGCGACCCAAAGGCCCUCAACCGCUGGUUCCGUGCGCGUAUCUUCUUCCAGGGUGCUACCGUCGCAGCUAUUGUCGCCGGCAGCUAUAGCCUCGAGGCGCGGAAGCAGCAAGAGGCCGAGCGGGUGAAGGAGACCGGGCAAGAUCCACAGAUGAAGGAGAGGCUUGCGUUCGAAGCACGCUUGAAGGCGGCGGAGGAAGCACACGCGUAUGAGCAGGCGUUG